AUGCCUACCUGGUGUAGAUAUUACCGCCAAACGAGUCAUAAUAAGUUUGAGUGUGAAAAAUCUAGAGCACAAAUCAUCUGCUACAACUGUCAAUACCUUGAGCACCGAUCAUUUGUAUGUCCUCACAAAGUACUCCUGAAUUCAUCGAAGAAGCGCAGGACACCAGCACCUAAGAAGCAUGAUUUUGAAAACGUCUUACCUCAUGCCACUAAGGAGGAUCAACCGGCCUCUUCUACUGAAAAGAAUUUGAAACUGACAAUCGUGGAAGACUACAUCAGCGUUUUUGAUAUUUCGGAAACUGACGGAAGCGAUGGUGAAGGCUUCGAUUAUAUGCCAAGUGAAUUCUAUGAUAGUGAUAGUGACAGUGACAAAGAGGAACUCGAAGCUGAGGGUGUGCAUAGAGCAAAAAAAUCAGAAGUAUCAAAUGCUAUUGCAAUGACAAAUCUGACUCGUCCCAGUAGAAGAGGCAGUGCUUAA